AUUUUUCUUUCUGCUACUGCAGUUUUCCAAAGUAAAAUAUUUGGGAAUGUAAAUAAACAAAAAUUGUUCCAAAUAAACAAAAACAUGUCAUCAUUAGUAGCAGACUAUGACACCAGCUCCUCAUCCUCGAGUAGUGAUGAAGACAUAACAGACAAUGAAGAUGCUGAGUGCACCGAAACAUCUAAAAAAAACAGCUUAACUACAACAGCUAAGACAUCACCACCACAACGACUCUUGCCUAGUGCCAAUGUAUUACUUGGAAGCGGUUCCUCUAAGACACCGGGAGAUGUUUUUAACAAUCCAUUUUUGGAGGCAGAAAAAUUAGAAAUAGAUAAAUUACAGAAACAUGUUAAAAUGGUCGAUUCGGAAAAUCAUUUGCUGCAAAAAAAUGGCCGUAAAAUUUGUUGGAAUAAUCGUAAGGGACGCUGUAGAUUUGGUAAUAAGUGUAAAUAUGCUCAUGACUCGGAUUUGGUAGAGACGAUUGAGGGAGUUGAUGUACAUAAUAAACAAAAUCUUAACACACCUACCACCACAAAAACAUUUUUAACAAAAACCGCCUCAUCUUAUUCCCAUGAAGAGAAUACCGCCCAGCCAGAUUUGAUAACAAGUGAUAAUAAAAAUCGCAAACGUCCCGGUUUGGGUGACAGUAUUGUACCGGGAAAACGUGUUAUGAAAACAUAUCAACAAACAAAAAAAUCAACAUAACACAUUUUAGAUAACACCCUCCGGCUGUAAGCUCACUGAACAGCUUAGAUCACUGGGAGACCAAGUAGAUUUUAUUAACUUAAUUAUACGCAAAGAGGGAUCUAGUUUAUAACUAACAUCGUCGGAGGGGGGAAAUUCAAGUGAUAAACGUAAAUGAGGUUUAGUUAACCAACAAAGGCCUAAAACAGGACGAUAGUCAGAGGAAGACAGCGAAGAUGUUUUAUCAUUAACCAACUCCAUAUCAUCUGCAGCAAUAAUAUCGGAAAUAUCUUGAUCAUUGAGAGCGGCAGCGAGAGAAGCUAGAAAAUAAGUGUGAAUAUAAAAAUAAAUGAAAAAAAGUUAAAUAAAUAGUGCAUACUA